AUGGAAACACCUAGAAAAAUUGCGCAAACUGUAAAAAGCAAAACUCGAAAAAUGGAUUCAAAUGAAAUUAUGCAAAGACGUCAGAAGAGAUUGGCCAGUGCAGAAUCAUCUAAUAAUUUGCCCAAAAUUAAUUUGAAUCUUUCAAAAGAGGAAAUGUUAACUAGACUUAAAAAUUUGAUUGGAUUAACUUGCACCACAAAUACUGAGAAAUUCCACCUUUUACGUAGAAGAGAUGAAUUUCUUUCUAAAUUGGUCAAUCUGGACUCCAAGCCAGGAAAUAAUAAAUUUAUCAAGGGAACAUGUCAGGAUAUGUGUCCAGAAAAGGAACGUUAUAUGCGAGAUGUAAAGAAAAGUCUACAUUUUUAUGAAUGUGAUUCUGAAGGACGUAUAGUUCACGAAAAGAUGGUUAAGGAUUAUAGUCGAUCGGCAGCUGAUCAGGAUAUGCCUUUACCACACGAACUUAGACCUCUAGAAGUGCUUCAAACAACGAUGGAUUAUUUGAUUUUUAACAUUUCAAGUGAAAUUCCGACAACAAAAAAUGAAUUAAUACGUUGGUGUGACUUUUUAUGGUCAAGAACUAGAGCUAUUCGAAAAGAUAUAACUCAACAAAUGUUGCAAAGUGAAAUGGCUGUUGAUUUAGUCGAAAAAUGUGCCCGUUUACAUAUCUUUUCUGCUUUUAAAUUGAUUUCAUUGGGCACAGAACAUGUUAAUCAAGAGAUAAAUUCCGAAAUGUCAUCUCUAAACGCCGCUAGUGAUCAUCCCGCUAUGGCAAUAGCAGCAUAUAACACAUGUAGUCAUACAUUACGACAGAUGUAUGAUGAUUUGGCCAAAAUGCAAAGAUCUUGUCUUAAUGAACCAGAAUUUCGUUCUUAUGAUAUUAUUUUGAAUUUGACUGAUUUUAAUGUUUACAGUCAAGUACUUUCUUAUCGACAAUCUGUUAGAGAAUCUAAAGAGGUCCAAUUAGCUUUGAAUUUGGCGAGUGCUCUUCAAAACAACAAUUAUAUUUUAUUUUUCCGUCUUGUUAAAAAUCAUGCCACGUUUCUUCAGGCUUGUCUCUGUUACCAAUUUUUUGCUUCAAUACGCUCUUCUGGCCUAAAAGUUAUUUGUAUGGCUUUUAACUCAUUUCCUCUUGAGAAAUUUAUUGAGAGUUUGGCAUUUGAUUCUACAGAACAAGCUCUGUCAUUUAUGAAAGUUUUUGGUGUGGAAUUGGACAGAGUAGAUCCAAAUUUACUCAAUACUCGGGAUGGAAAGAAUAUUUUCCUACAAAACACUGAAAUGCCUAAACCAAAUUUAAUUCCACAAAUGGGAUGUAAAUGGAUUGAAGAAAAAUCUAUUCAUUUAACAGUUCCUCAGAUUUUUUGUAAUUGCCAAACACCUAUUACUCCCCCAAGGACAACUCUUAGACAUGUCAACAAUUCUUUUUCAGCUUCAAAUGUUUAUGAAAAUGACCCGAUUCUUGAUGCGGUGCUUCGAGAACACAAAGUUGUUGUUAAUUCGGUUAGCAAGAAAACGCUUCCAAUGAAUUUUUCUUUUGCUCGUGGAAUUCAACCAUUUAAAACUUCCAAACAAAAUUAUCCUUUUUCUGCAAUUCAAGCUGACCAUAUUAUUGCUAAAGUUUGUAACAGGCAAUUAAUAAAAAUAUCUCAAUCUUCAAUUGAAAAUUAUCGACAACUUAAACUGGCACAAAUUCGAAGAAAUUUAUUUUCAAUAAAAUUGAGACGAGCUUUGAAACAUUGGAUAAAUUUUACAAAAAUUCGAAAAUGUGAAAAAUUAACAAAAAAUUUGGUUAUUAAUAUUGCCAAUUCAACACUUUCUUUUAUUGUUAAUUCGAAUUUGGAACGUUUAUCUGCAGGGAUACUUAGAAAAAUCGUCGAACAGUCAAAAAAUAGACUGGCAAACGAAAUUGCUACAAUUCAAGGAGAUUUACUUUUAGAAAAAGUUUUGUCAGAACAACUUUCUUCUAUUGUAACUCGUGUUAGGGCAAGUCAAGUUCGUGAUAUUGAAGAUCGUUUAAAACAAAUUGGACAAAAUUUACAUUUAAUUUGGCAAAGACAAUUUACUAAUCAUUGGUUAGCUAAAACAAGAAGAAAUAGGCUUAUUAGAAGUAUUACUUUUCUUUCGACCGAAUCCCCUUCAUCCUCCACUCAAUUUAUUGACACAAACUUAAGAAGAUUUUUCCAUCCCAAAUUAAAAACAAUUACAACCGAAAAGUUGCGUGAAAUGGCCGAAGAAAAAAUAAAAAUUAAUGAACAAAAAAGACAAGAAGAAGAAGAAUUGAAUAUUAAUAAUGAGAAUGGGUUUACAAUUGUUAAUGGAUUUUCUCCAGCAGAAAGUAAUGGAAAAAGAGCUACUGCAGUUUCUAUUAGAGAUGAAAUUCUUGACGGUAUAUCUUUUCAAAAUGAGAAUGGAACACAAGGAGGAGGAGGAGGAUUUUUUGCCGAAUCAACAUCCAAAUUAAAUCUUUUCAAACCUGGCAUGACUAAAAAUGCGGAAAACUCACAAAAAUUGGUUGAAGAAAUGUUAAAGAAGAAAAGGAGAAUUGAUGAUAGGAGAAGGGAAACGAAUGUGGGUGAUGAUUUUGAUAAUGAUGAUGUUAUUAUUGACUUUCAGAGCUUUCCAACAACCUCUGAAUUAAAACGGAGGAGGUUGAUUUAA